GAAUAUUUGGUCACAUUUGGCUACAUGUCAAAACCAAAGGCACCAACGGACAGAAGUGACAAGCAAAGCGAACCCUCCAAAUAUGAUCUACAAGCAGCACUUAAGCGGUUCCAGGAAUCCUUCCUGCUAUAUCCAUCAGGUGUCGUCGAUGUGCCAACUCAUUCGAAAAUGUCUGAAUACAGAUGUGCCAAUAGGGAUAUGUACAAUGGAGCGGAACUUACAAGUAAAUUCAGUCUUAGUGCUAAAAGGGUCUAUGGCAGUGGGCACUACAUUUUGGCCUGUGAUGAAGCAUUCGAAAAGUGGCGUCAAGUGAGUGGAAUAAACUUUAUUGAGACGAAAAACGCAUCGCAAGCCGAUAUCGUCAUUAAGUUCACUGACGUGGAGGAAGCAUUUGAUAAUGUAUCUCUUGGAAAAUCCUCGGAUUUUCAGAGAGGCAUCUCACUUUACCAUACUCUGCUUCAUGAAAUUGGCCAUACCCUCGGAUUGCCGCACAAUUUCUACAGAGGGUCGAUAAUGUAUCCGAUUAUGAAGCCUGCGAUGGUCCCAUAUGGCACAUUGGACGGUGUUCCCAAUGUCGAUAGGGUGGCGCUGGACAAACUCUACGGUAAUCAUAAGGUCAAAACUAGCUUCGUCAGUCUGAGUAAAUGCCCGAAACAGAUCGAUUCGAUUACUUAUCUAACACCAUCGGAAUGGGUGGUCUUCAAUGGGGACAAGGUCUACCGUGUGCGGGACAGGAAAUUCAUUGACAACGGCAGACAAAUCCAAUCUGUAUUCCCCAAAGGACCUGGAUUCGUCAACGCCACCACAACGUCCGAAAAGCUUGUGCUGCUGUUCGCUGAAAGAGCCAUCUACGGCUACACGUUUGAUGGUGUCAGCUUUAUUGAGGCUGAUGGUUAUCCAAAAGAAUUGCACGAUCUUGUACUAUUCUAUCCACAAGCUGCAUUCCCGUUGACGAACGGAAGCGUCAUUCUGCUAUCGGGAAAUGUAUUUGCCACAUACAGUGUAUUGAACAACAGACCUUCCAUUCUUAACGACAAGACCAUAUAUUUCCCUAAUCUUCCUGACGAUCUGCGUUCUGGUGUUCCGAAGGAUCCACGAAGCGAUGAAGCCUACUGGAUGUUUGAGGAGAAAACGGUUUCCGACUACGAUAUGCCAUCAAAGCAAGUGCUUCAUGUCGAGUCCACUGACGAUUUCUUCAAGUGCACCUAA